CUUUCUUCUUCGUUCUCUCUCCCAGUCUCACUCGAUCGCUCUCACUAAACCCUAGAAAUAAUAUCAACAACCUGAUCGCUGAUCGGACAUCGGAGAUCGGAGCGGAGGCGUUUCACUCUCAGGCUUACAUUCUGUCAAAUCGCGAGAGCUGCAGUUACUUUGGCCACAGGACUAUCGAAGAAGGCAGGGGCUGAGGCUACUCUAUAGUUUACUUAAUCACAAGAAGCUUGAUGGCUGGAAUUUCAGGAUUCGCGAGCCUUGGACCUAAGACCAAGAACUUUGUAGUUGCCGGUGGAUUGACAUCAUUCGUCUUUGGGGUAUAUUUCUACACAAUGAGGGCUGUGGGAGGUACAGAUGAGCUGCAAGUGGCCAUAGAUAAGUUUGAGGAUCAGAAGAACAAGAAAGAGGCUGAGUGAACCAAAUUUGCCAUCAAAAGCUUAAUAACAUGUUUAAUUGUACUUCGUUUGUUGUCUAAAACGGAAAUAAGAUUUUUCUCGAUACUCUUUCUUUACAAUAAGCUUUUUUUUGUUGGCGUAAUAUGUAAUAUUUCUUCAUUAAAUGUCUAACACUACAGAAAUUUUGUUCACUUACAUGCCAAGCACAUAUUAUUUUUAA